AUGGGUCGAGGACACACUGGUUACACAUCCUUAGUAGUUAAAUGUGCUAUGGGUCGAAGAGACACUGCUUAUACAUCCUCAGUAGUUAAAGGUACUAUGGGUCGAGGAUACACUGGUUACAUAUCCUUAGUAGUUAAAGGUACUAUGGGUCGAGGAUACACUGGUUACAUAUCCUCAGUAGUUAAAGGUACUAUGGGUCGAGGAUACACUGGUUACAUAUCCUCAGUAGUUAAAGGUGCUAUGGGUCAAGGAUACACUGGUUACACAUCCUCAGUAGUUAAAGGUGCUAUGGGUCGAGGAUACACUGGUUACAUAUCCUCAGUAGUUAAAGGUGCUAUGGGUCAAGGAUACACUGGUUACACAUCCUCAGUAGUUAAAUGUGCUAUGGGUCGAGGAUACACUGGUUACACAUCCUCAGUAAUUAAAGGUGCUAUGGGUCGAGGAUACACUGGUUACAUAACCUCAGUAGUUAAAGGUGCUAUGGGUCGAGGAUACACUGGUUACACAUCCUCAGUAGUUAAAUGUGCUAUGGGUCGAGGAUACACUGGUUACAUAUCCUCAGUAGUUAAAGGUGCUAUGGGUCGAGGAUACACUGGUUACACAUCCUCAGUAGUUAAAUGUGCUAUGGGUCGAGGACACACUGGUUACACAUCCUCAGUAGUUAAAUGUGCUAUGGGUCGAGGACACACUGGUUGCACAUCCUCAGUAGUUAAAGGUGCUAUGGGUCGAGGACACACUGGUUACACAUCCUCAGUAGUUAAAUGUGCUAUGGGUCGAGGAUACACUGGUUACACAUCCUCAGUAGUUAAAGGUGCUAUGGGUCGAGGAUACACUGGUUACAUAUCCUCAGUAGUUAAAGGUGCUAUGGGUCGAGGACACAGUGGUUACACAUCCUCAGUAGUUAAAUGUGCUAUGGGUUGA